GAUUAACAGUCAGUUUGAAGACAACACUAAUCAACUGAAACACUAAAUGGCAGACAACGGAUCCCAAGAAGAGGACAAUCAGUCAAUUGACGCGUCCGUCGGUGACUCCGACGAAGAGAUGUCUCAACAAAUGGAUAGCCAUUCAGACGACUCGGAGGGCGAUGACAACGAGAUCGGCGGCGACGGCCAGUCUGGGCUCACAUUUAGUUUCGAAGACAUCGCCCAACAGACAUCCUUCGACUUGGAGGACAGGUAUCCGGAGUUGUGGUACUAUUUGAAUAAAAGCGAAUCGGAUUUCAAUCUCAUCGUCAAUGGCAAGAGUCUGCCCGCAAACCGACGCCUAUUAAUGGAGAGAAGUGUCGUUUUCAGAGAGAUGGCGACGAAGUGCCCGAAGAUGAAUGGCCUUAACUGUCAUGGCGUGACUGUCGGUGCCGUCGAAACAACGCUACGCUUUAUGCUCACCGAACAGCUGGUCUUCGACGACGACAGUGACCUCCGAGUGAUCGCCGACGCCCUCUGUUUUGCCCGAAGCUUUCGAGUGAACCGAUUGGUCGACGCAAUCGGUCGCCAUUUGGUGCCAAUCAUAAGCGCGGAGACCAUUGAGAAGAUCGCAGAAAUGGCGUUCAAGAAUCGGAUCCCAGGGCUAAAAGAUGCGAUCGACAACCGUUUGGACGAACUCUUGACCGUAAAUAAUGUACUCUCUAUCUCUCGGUUUAGCCACGAAUCUGAGCCGCCGUCCGACCGAUUCGUGUCGACUUUGCGGUCAUUUUUGGUCACAAAUUACGAGCAAAUGAAGACCAAAGAGUGGAAGGAAUUGCGGGCAUUAAACGCGUCGACAAAGGAUUUAUGGCUCGAAGUGAUGCUUGAGAUGAGCAAAAGUGAUGUCCCAUUGGCUCAAGACGUUCACACUAUACACUGUCUGUCCUCCGAUGAGUUGCGGCCGUUGCUUACUGACGAUCGUUUCCUAUGUCGGGUCCGCCAGUCAUUGCCCGCCAGCACUAGUAGUGGUCUGAGUCCAGCCAAUGAUCUGUCGGCCGCUAUCCGGUCCCGACAGUUGGGUCCAGUGGUCCAGGAGUUUGGUUUGGGACAGGAAUGUGUCGAUGCGGCCAAUGCUGGAGAUGUCGAAGACUUCGCGAACGCAUACAAGAAGUUGAAGAAGAAUUCCAAGAAAUCAAAUCCAGAAGUGAGUCAAGACAGCGAACCAAAUGAGAAAAGAAGACGAAAGAGAAGUACUCAAUCAAAAUAA